CUUCCAAAAAAAAAAAAAAUUAUCUGUGGAAGUACGUAUCUUUGUUUUUAAUUAUAAUGUCAACUAUUAUUGUUAUUUAUGAAGUGUGCUGUUAGCCUGUGAGUGAACAUUCAAAUUUGUUCGUAGAGAAGCAGUAAAAAAAGCCGUGUCUCGUCGUGCGACGGCUGAUUGGCCGAUGGAACUGAAGGAACUGAAGGAAGUGUGCCACGUGGCUGUAUCGCCCACGGCGGCUGCCUCGUUCGCGACCAGCUGGUCCGAAGAUGGCCGCAUAUCCGUCGUCACAGAAGCCGGACUGCUCGUUUUGAACGGCCGUGCAAGGCCGCGGCAGCGUGGAGGGGCCCCCGACAGGACGGCCGUGAAGAGACUGGCGACGGCCCUCGCGGUGUUGCUAGCCCUCGCUUCGCCGGCGUCCGCCUCCAACAUCACCGACGCAGUGUUCGGCUCCCGGACGGACGGCGCGCCGGCCGCGUUUGCGGACUUCAACUCGGACAACUACAUCGACCUGUUCGUGGUGCGUGAUUCGGGCAGGACUCUGGAGGUGAUGCUGGCUUCAGACCAGGAGCCCCUCCUCCGGCCGAGCCCGGCGCUCCGCUGCAGCUUCCCCGCGGAGAUCAGCAGCGUGGUGCCGGGGCACUUCGACGCAGAUGCCCACAUGGACGUGCUGGUGACCUCGAGCCGCUCGUCGGGCGAGACGCAGGUGUACGUGCUGUGGGGCGGCGACGGCCGCGUCAACUGCUCCGAGAUGCCCCUCCUCACCAUGCACGGCCAGCCGACCGCCGUCGACUACAACCACGACAUGAUCAUGGACCUGUUCGGCGUCGACGCCAACGAGAAGAGGACGUUCUGGAUCUUCAACGAAACGCGUGGCAACUACUCCACGGUGGAAAUGUCCAGAUCGGAAAGUGGGGAGCACGCUCGGAUGAAGGUGCCGCACUCAAACGCCUUCCUGGAUCUGGACGGGGACGCGAUGCCCGACCUGAUGCUCACCACGACGGCUGGCUUCGAGCUGUGGCUGGGCGGCAGGGAGGGGGGCUUCUCGCUGGGCAGCAAAGUGGGGUACCCCAAGGCAGCCCAUGUCGGGCAGUCUGUGUUCGUGGACGUGGAGCUGAGGGGCAGCUUGAGCCACGUGGUGCCGGUGUGCUACAGCCAGGACUGCAGCAACAGCAGCAUACUGGUGCGAGAGCAGGCGGGCUGGCGCGACCUCCGCCCGCUACUGCAGGACCGGGCCGGCAAGGCCUGGGGCUUCGUGGCGCCGGACGGCCGGCGCUACACGGACACCAUCACCCUGCGCGCUGGGGACUUCAACAUGGACGGCUACCCCGACCUGCUGGCCACGAUACGCCAGGCGCCGGGGGGCAGGCCGCGCGCCUGCCUGCUGGAGAACGUGGCGUGCCCCCGGCGGGGGGCCUGCGGGGGCCUGGACCGCACCUUCGCGGUCGCCUGGGGCGCGCUGUCGCCCCUGGACGAGGGCUCCGUGGCAGGGGCCUUCUACGACCUCUACCAGGACGGCGUGCUGGACGUGAUCCUGGCGGGCGAGCGCACUCAAGCGUUCCGCAACACGCUGGACUACGACGCCAACUUCGUGAAGGUGAUGGUGCUGGUGGGGCCCCGCCACGGGGGCAACUUCCCGGGUGCGCGCGUCUCGUACCGCACCACCACGCAGGAGGGGGAGCCCCAGGCCGCCGUGUCGGCGCAGCUGCCGCAGUCGGCGCACUUCGCGCUCGGGCUGCCCUACACCAUCUUCGGGCUGGGCCGCACGCCCAACUUCGUGGACGCUCUGGGCGUGGGCGCGGGCGGGCUGGAGCGCGAGUGGACGCAGAUCAUCCCCAACUCGCAGGUGGUGGUCGAGCUGUGGCCGCUGGACGACCGGAGCGCCUGGCGCGCCCGGCUGUUCGUGACGCCCAGCAAGCUGGUGCUGCUGAGCGCGGCCGCGCUGCUGGCCACCUGCGCGCUCGUCUCGGCCAUCGUCGCCGCGCUCCACUACAAGGAGCGGCGCCAGGACCGGCGGGAGAAGCUGCAGGAGGCCCACCGCUUCCACUUCGACGCCAUGUGAGCUCCGAACGAGCUCCCGCGUGCAUCAUGCGCCGUGUUCUGUGAGGUUCAAGCUCGCAAGCACUAUGCAGAUAACUGCUGUGCGAGUAUGUUGCUGUUAUUUCAAAUUAUUUAAUCCAAAAUGGUAUCAUUUGUAUAUAUUUCUAACAUAAUCAUCUACUAAAUUAUGUUACACCCGUGCAAAAGAUUUGAGGUUAUUUUGUAGGAGGAAUUUUUCACCAUAUUGCAAAGGAAGCGAGUGAUUUGUUUGCCUUGAGCACCAAAACACUGAAUGCACUAGAAGAUUGUUUAAGUAACUGUAUGUGUUAACACAAUUUCUUUUGGAAUGUAUGGGUUGAACUCUGAAAACUUGAAAACUUCUGGAAUAUUUAAAUUUUGUAAGGAGAAAUGAAAAACGAAGAAAACAUGAACAUCGAAAUAAGAAAUUUAAUUUGGCUGACAUUGUUUCCAUAACAUGUCCACAUGAGCGGAACUCGCAAUUUGAUAAAUCUGUUUUGAAAAUGUCACCAGUUUUGACGUACGUGUAUGUGUGCGUGUGUGUGUGCAUGUGUAUGCAUAUUUUUUGACUCAUUGUCUCAGCCUUUUUUUUACAUUAUAUUUGUUGACUUCACAAAAAAUAUUUUUUGAGUAUUAAAUGCCAUAAUUGUUUUUUCUUUUUUUAAAUAAGAAAUAAGCAUUUAGAAGUAAAAUUUUGUUUCCUGAUACAGACCAUUAGUUUAUGUAAUUGAACUUUCUUGUGUAAAUUUAGUAAACAGCCAGAUACUUUGUUCAGUAGGGGCUACAGGAUUGUGUUACAACAGGCAAGGAAGCAGUUUCAUCUAAGUAGCACGGCAUGCAAUUUAUCUUUUUCCUGAAGACUUAAUUGUCUCUGUCAAGUUUUAUCACUAAACAUUACCUAUUUGAAAUGCUUUGUCUGCUUUGAUACAUGUUCAUGGUUUAGUUCUCCACUAUAGGAUUCUUGGUUUGUAUAAUGGUCCUAGUUCUUGUUGGACUAGAUAUUUUUAAUUGCAAGUCUGUCUUCCUUAACUUUCUAAAUGUAACUACUAUAUAAUAAUGCUAAUUCUGCAAUUGAUAUUAAAUUAGAAUGUUUGUAUUUAUUUGUGAGAAGUUGUAUCUAUAGUUUUAUGCAGACAUCUAGUCAUUUGUUAAGUUAACCAAUAAAUUUUGUGAAAGUAGAUUGUUAGUGGUGUUUUUGUCUAUAAAUACAUACUGAACAUAAUGAUUACAGGUAUAUCAUAUGUAGCUAUUUUAAUUAAUGGUGUCUAGGGAUUAGCAAGUUCAGUAAAACCUGUCUUAUCCAGACUAAUAUGGCGACCGGCCAAUCCGGAUAUGGAAAAAUUCUGAUUUCACAAGGCCAGAAAUAAUGAACGUGUUUGUUGUUGAAUUUUUUUUUAGAUGUUUCUAUUGGUUUGGCAUUUGUAUUUGUACAAAAAUCUAGAUGUGCAGUGUGAUAAUGUGAUAGAGAAGUGCGGGGGACGAUAGCCCCUCCCAAACCAACAUUUUUAUAUUUUAUUUUGUAGGGUUGAUUUGUGAACUUAAUUACUUUAGUUCAUUUGUUAAAAUUUCCCUCCAUCAAAAGUUGUUUGAAACUAUUAAAUAACAGUAUGUGAGACCAUAAGUUUGUAAAUAUUUAGGAAAAUGCGUAAGACUUGUCUCGAGGAACUGCGAAUGCACCACUCCGCCACACAAUCCCUGGUAUAAAAAUUGAUUUGGAGGAAGCGAGUGGAUUUUUUUGAGUUGCUGAUACAUCAAAAGAAAUGCCGUAAAAACAGAAGGCACAUAUUGGAUUUUUCGGAUCCUUUGUUGAGCAAUAACGUAACAAUUUCUAACCAACAUUUAAUUUGAACUCUCAGAGUAUUCCUUUGCAGGCAUGUCCCAGAUUGUGAUUCCCUCCUCCACUUCUAAAAUAAACUUUUCGGUUUGGAAAAUAGAUUCCUUCAUCACUCAGAGGCUUGGUUUAAAACACACUAUAGUGUUUGUGACCCCCGACAACUGAUGGCGUGAGUGUGCUACUCAGCGUGAGUGGCUCUGUUUGGUUUCGUGUAACCACGGAGUUCCUCGUUUCUGCUGGCGCGCUCGCACUGCCCGGUGUGACGCAGUUGUGCCCUUCUUUGUGUGGCAGCCUCUCCCGAGAAGUCCCCCUGAUGCAGUGACAGUUGUCAGUACUGACGCCAUGUGCGUACAGUGGCCUGCACUUCUGUUCCUGCACGUUUUUAGUCUUUCAGUCCUGCAUGGCGGUGCGCACUCGAAAAAAAGCCUUAGUGUUGGGUUGGGCGGUGAAGCCAUGAGCAGUUUCAGGCGGGCUGGGUCCAAUUUAUGGAAUAGAUUUAUAUUCAUAACGUCUCGUCGGCAUGAAGUCUUUAGAGACGGUUGAACGGUACCGCAGUGAGUUGAAACGGUGAAGACGUGCAUUUGUGGGGGAAACAGGAAUACAAAUUAUACCAAGAAAACCCACCAGUCGACGGCAAGAGAGAAAAAAAAGGUUUAGUUAUGCCGUGAGUGUCCCAGUAGGGUCGCCCUUCUCAGGAGCCGCUCUGGAGCCCAGCUUCCGGGAGCUCCAGCCGCCCUGGAUGCCAUUCGCCAGUCAUUACCCGAGAAAAAUAAACAGCCAAUGAACGAUCAGCCACGCCUUCAUCAAAAGAUAGGCCAUGACAUGCUGUUUUAAUUUUUUUAGGUAGAUUUCAAAUAAAUACUACUUAUUGUAGCCAUUACG